AUGGCAGAGAAAUGGGAAGAACAUAAAGGAAUUUCAAGCUUAUCGGAGUGUUUUGCUCUUCUGCUUCCAGAAGGAGUAUUAAGAGAGAAAAUUGAGAAACUUGCUUCUUCCCUCAAGUUUCCUUUGAAGAAGUUGUUCGUGGUUGAUGGAUCUACAAGAUCAAGCCACAGCAAUGCAUAUAUGUAUGGAUUCUUUAAGAACAAGCGGAUUGUCCUUUAUGACACAUUGAUUCAGCAGUGCAAAAAUGAAGAGGAAAUUGUAGCUGUUAUUGCUCAUGAACUCGGCCACUGGAAACUAAAUCAUACAAUGUACUCAUUCAUUGCUAUGCAGAUUCUUACCUUUUUGCAAUUUGGAGGAUACACUCUUGUGAGGAACUCAUCUGAUCUCUUUAGAAGUUUUGGAUUUGAUACACAGCCAGUGUUAAUUGGCCUUAUCAUAUUUCAGCAUACUGUAAUACCAAUUCAACACCUAGUAAGCUUUGCUCUUAAUCUUGUGAGUCGAUCUUUUGAAUUUCAGGCUGAUGCCUUCGCCAAGAAGCUUGGGUAUUCCUCUACUCUUCGUGCUGCUCUUGUGAAGCUACAGGAAGAAAAUUUGUCCGCUAUGAAUACAGAUCCUUGGUACUCGGCGUAUCACUAUUCUCAUCCUCCUCUUGUAGAAAGACUUGCUGCUCUCGAUGAACCUGGUAAAAAGGCAGACUGAUCUGCACAACUUAGGAAUAGCUAGUCCGAAUUAUUUUGCUGGAUUUUACUGUUAAGGGAAAUUUGAUCAUGAGUCCACUGCUGUAAUAUUUUGUCUGUAUGAGAAACUCUUGGGUCUCAUGUUUCUUGUCAAGUUCAGAUAUGGAAUAUAUAGUAAAGAACUUAACAAGAAAAUCACUGAGGUUGAGGGAAAGGAAACCCGGAAGGGAAAAGUGCUGUAUGCUAUAUUAGUUUUGCGUUUGCAUGGGGUAAGGGAACAAAAAAAGGUCCUGUAUGUACAAGGAUGUUUAGGUGGGGAAAGUUUGAUACAAGUGCCCUUGCCUUUGCACGUGUCGUGGACUGAUUCGGCAAGAGUUGGAAUGGAUCUCCUUGUUAAAUGGUUUUGGCGGAAUUAAACAACAUCCAAACCUAGUUCUUAAA